AUGGCAUCCAACCCCGAAGAUCGGGCCACCACCUCGGCCUCCGACAUUCCUCUCAAAGAUCUCGAAUCAGCUUCUGGCGCUGGAACAUACUCGAACUCCACACCGCGCUGGAAUGGCUUCUCCAAAUUCCACCCUUCAAACAUCCUCGCGCAUCCCGAGGGACCAGUGCCGAAGAUGUCGCAAGAGGACUGGCUAGGUUAUGCGGAAGACACAUUCUACAAAUUGGCAGUCGUGCUUACGCCGAGCUUCUUACAACACUGGGUGGGUGGUGAGGCAUCCGCGCCAUCGAAGCUCCAUGCGAUUGCCGCUCUGGACGGCCUGCGCGGCUGGGCCUGUCUUCUGGUCUUCAACUUCCAUUUCCUCUUCACAUACACAUGGAAGGUCGCAAUAGGAUGGGGAUUUGCGGGCGAAAAUUUCGGCAUUCAUCAGCUGCCUUUUGUUCAUAUGUUGAUAUCUGGCCACAUCAUGGUGGCCAUUUUCUUCGUGCUCUCCGGCUACGUUCUGUCAUAUAAACCGUUGAAGACGAUUCGGAGCAGGUCCUUCGAUCAAACAUUUGCUACACUUGCAUCGGGGACUUUUCGCCGGGCGUUCCGUCUCUAUAUCCCCGCCAUUGCUGGUAUUUUUUGCGUCUUUGUGGCGGUUCGCCUUGGGCUGUAUAAUUACUCCCAUGGUGUCAUUAAUGAGGGCCACACUAUUGUUGGAACCAAUGAACAGCACCCGCGCGUGUAUAAAUCCUUCUCCAAGCAGAGCGAUGACUUGUGGGACACAGUGGCGACAUUGCUGAAUCCGUUUGAGUAUUCGCUAUAUUAUAAUUACUACAAUCCGCAUCUCUGGACGAUUCCUCUUGAGUUCCGCUCCUCGCUUAUCCUGUUCGUUGUCAUCAUGGGAACAUCGCGUUUAGUGGCUCCUGUGCGCUUGACAAUGGUCUCCGGAUUGGUUUGGUUCUGCAUGCGCUAUGGUCGAUGGGAAAUCGUCCUAUUCCUAUUUGGCAUGCUGAUGGCCGAAGUAGAUCUGAUCAAUGGAACCUGGGAGCAACCCACAAGGCCAGCAGCGGAUGAUGAAAAGACGACCAUCCGUUUUGGCUCAGGCAGCAAAGUAACACUGAAUGUUUCUCGCCGCAGGCUUUGGGUCUCCCUUUUCGUGGUCGGUCUCUAUUUUGGAUCUUGCCCCAACAUUGGCUUCAAAUGGACGCCUUUCUAUAGAUGGCUGUGGCAUGUCACCCCCUACACAUACCCCGAACCACAUCGCUUUGCACAAACCAUUGGUGCCGUUCUCAUCGUCUUCUCCAUCAACCACUCCCCAGACAUUCAAAAAUUGUUCACCAAUCCACUGUCCCAAUAUUUGGGCAAAAUCUCUUUUGCUUUCUAUGUCGUUCACGGCCCAGUACUCCACUGCCUGGGCUACGCCCUCAUGCCGAAUAUCUGGAACAUCACUGGCAAAGAGACCAACUUUCAGUACUGUCUUGGAUUCCUCAUCGGAUGGCUCAUCUGCCUCCCCAUCUCCAUUUGGUUGGGCGAUAUCUUCUGGCGUGUCGUGGACAUCCCCAGUGUCAAGUUUGCGCGCUCGCUCGAAGACCGCCUCAUUUCCAAGGAUCCGGCUCCCCGUCUGCCGACUCUGUCGGUUACACAUGCAGAUUAA